GAGCUUCUCCUCCUCAAAUCCCGCCCUCCCUCCCUCCCUCGCUCGCUCGCUUCCUCACCAGUGCUGCUCCCUCUGCCACCUACGCUCUUCUUGAGCUUGUAGCCUUGGCCCCUUAGCUUCCUCCAGGGAUCCGCGCUAAAUGCAGAGCGAGCUCGCCAGCUCGUAGCGUUUCUCCCGGUCCGGUCUGCUGCAAGAUGUAAUCUGGGUCUCAUUUCACACCUUGUGGCCAUCUGAAUACGCUCUCCGAUUCCUUCGUGUUUCUCAGGGCAGGUGAAUCCCUUGUCGGGUUCCGAGGAAAUGGAGGAGAGCUUCGUGCCCCUCCGAGGCAUCAAGAACGACGUCCGCGGGCGCCUCGCCUGCUACAAGCAGGACUGGACCGGAGGCUUCAGUGCCGGUAUCAGGAUCCUGGCGCCGACCACCUACAUCUUCUUCGCCUCCGCGAUACCCGUGAUAUCGUUCGGGGAGCAAUUGGAGAGGAGCACCGAUGGGGUCCUCACAGCAGUGCAGACAUUGGCAUCCACCGCCCUGUGUGGCAUAAUCCACUCCAUUGUGGGAGGGCAGCCCCUGCUGAUCCUGGGCGUGGCCGAGCCCACGGUCAUCAUGUACACAUUCAUGUUCAGCUUUGCCAAGGACAGGGCCGACCUCGGUCCCAACCUCUUCCUCGCCUGGGCCGGUUGGGUCUGCGUGUGGACUGCCCUCUUGCUGUUCUUGCUGGCGGUACUGGGCGCGUGCUCCAUCAUAAACCGGUUCACCCGCAUAGCCGGCGAGCUGUUCGGGCUGCUCAUCGCCAUGCUCUUCAUGCAGCAGGCUAUCAAGGGACUUGUUGACGAGUUCGGCGUUCCUGAGAGGGAGAACAUAAAAGCACUACAGUUUGUUCCAUCAUGGAGGUUUGCCAACGGAAUGUUUGCUAUCGUGUUGUCAUUUGGCCUUCUUCUCACCGCGCUGCGGAGCAGGAAAGCGCGAUCCUGGCGCUAUGGGGCAGGUUGGCUGCGUGGCUUCAUCGCCGACUACGGCGUUCCACUGAUGGUGCUGGUGUGGACAGGAGUUUCUUACAUACCACAUGACAGUGUGCCGAAAGGGAUCCCGCGGCGCCUUUUCAGCCCUAAUCCAUGGUCCCCUGGUGCAUAUGACAACUGGACAGUCAUCAAGGAUAUGCUCCAAGUGCCAGUCAUGUACAUCAUUGGUGCCUUCAUGCCUGCAACAAUGAUUGCUGUCCUGUAUUACUUCGACCACAGCGUGGCAUCCCAGCUCGCUCAGCAGGCGGAAUUUAAUUUGAGGAAGCCUCCAUCUUUCCACUAUGAUUUGCUUCUCCUAGGCUUCCUGACACUGAUGUGUGGCCUAAUUGGUAUCCCUCCAUCCAAUGGCGUCAUUCCACAGUCGCCGAUGCAUACAAAGAGCUUGGCUACUCUAAAGCAUCAGAUACUCCGUAAUCGACUAGUGGCCACGGCACGGCAAAGCAUGCGCCAGAACGCGAGCUUGAGCCAACUGUACAACAACAUGCAGGAUGCUUAUCAUCAGAUUCAGACACCGCUGAUCCACCAACAACAGUCCGUCAAAGGCUUAAACGAGCUCAAGGACUCCACUGUCCAGUUAGCAUCAAGCAUGGGUAACUUCGAUGCACCGGUUGACGAGACAAUCUUUGACAUAGAAAAGGAGAUUGAUGAUCUGCUGCCUAUGGAGGUCAAGGAGCAAAGGUUGAGCAACUUUCUACAGGCUGUGAUGGUUGGGGGCUGCGUGGCCGCCAUGCCGUUACUGAAGAAGAUCCCUACAGCAGUGCUGUGGGGGUAUUUUGCGUUCAUGGCGAUUGAGAGCUUGCCUGGUAACCAGUUCUGGGAACGAAUUUUGCUGCUCUUCACUGCUCCUAGCAGAAGAUACAAGGUACUGGAGGAGUACCAUACAACAUUUGUCGAGACCGUGCCAUUCAAGACGAUAGCCAUGUUCACACUCUUCCAGACCACAUAUCUGCUUGUUUGCUUUGGGAUCACAUGGAUCCCAAUAGCUGGGGUUCUCUUCCCCCUCAUGAUCAUGCUCCUGGUUCCAGUCAGGCAGUAUAUCCUCCCAAAGCUCUUCAAAGGUGCACAUCUCAAUGACCUGGACGCAGCGGAGUAUGAGGAGUCACCGGCUAUACCGUUCAACCUUGCUGCGCAAGAUAUUGAUGUGGCACUGGGACGCACCCAAAGCGCAGAGAUCCUUGACGACAUGGUCACCAGAAGCCGCGGUGAGAUCAAACGCCUGAAUAGUCCGAAGAUCACCAGCUCAGGUGGCACUCCUGUCACGGAACUGAAAGGCAUCCGCAGUCCUUGUAUCUCUGAGAAGGCCUACAGCCCUCGCGUCGCCAAGCUGAGGCAUGAACGCAGCCCUCUAGGGGGACGAGACAGUCCACGGACGGGUGAGGCCCGACCAUCCAAGCUGGGUGAAGGCUCAACACCAAAAUGAAGCAAUAAUGCUGCAUCGCUCAUAUAAGCUAUGGAGCUACUGGAAGUAAAUUAUAUCGAUAAUUUAAGCAUCAGUGCUAAUAUAAGAUGUCUACUUAUGCACGGUAUGAUGCCACUAUAUGAUGGCCAGUGAUGAAGUAUGAGGCCCCUAUAUGAUGCCUACUGAUGAAGUAUGAAAAUAGGCUAAUGUGUAUCUAUCUGUAGCCUCCUGUGUGUAAUCUCUGAAUGAGUAGAAGAUAUUAUAGCGUCUACUUUGAAACUUUUUUGAGUCUCACUUUUCUACAUAACUGCAAAUUGUUCAUAUUAUUCUU